AGUCACUCUGUUUGCGUAGUCGACCGUCACGUGUUCAAGUGUCACUGCUGUGAUUGGCCGAGGAGACUUGUCUUCUUACAUUGCAUAAAACAGUGGUCAUUUGAGGUUACUGUCAACGACGUGAUACAGGAGCAGAAUCAUGCUGUUCAACAAGUUGGUCAGAGCUGGUGUGAGGUCCGGGAUCCGGCUGCAGAGCUCCGGUGCUGCUGCAGCAGAUGCAGCAUCCUCCAGCAGUUCAUCCCUCGGCUUCUCAUUUGAGCUGACAGAUCAGCAGAAGGAGUUUCAGCAGCUGGCAAGAAAGUUUGCACGUGAAGAAAUCGUGCCUGCGGCACCUGUCUAUGACAAGAGUGGUGAAUAUCCGGUCCCCAUCAUCAAAAAAGCCUGGGAGCUGGGAUUGAUGAACAGUCACAUCCCACAGGAAUAUGGUGGAAUGGGCCUGUCAAUCUUUGACAGCUGUCUCAUCACUGAAGAGCUGGCUUAUGGCUGCACUGGGGUCCAGACUGCAAUAGAAGCAAACUCUUUGGGACAAAUACCAGUUAUUCUCGCUGGAAAUGAGAUGCAGAAGAAGAAGUACCUGGGCCGAAUGACGGAGGAGCCUCUGAUGAGCGCGUAUUGUGUCACAGAACCCGGGGCGGGUUCUGAUGUGGCGGGCGUUAAAACCCUAGCUGUGAAGAAGGGGGAUGAGUAUGUGGUCAACGGGCAGAAGAUGUGGAUUACAAAUGGCGGAAAAGCCAACUGGUACUUCCUCCUGGCUCGCACGAACCCUGACCCUAAAUGUCCAACAUCUAAGGCUUUCACUGGCUUCAUUGUAGACGCAGACACUCCAGGAGUUCAACCAGGGAGGAAGGAAAUGAACAUGGGUCAGAGGUGCUCUGACACCAGAGGCAUCACCUUCGAGGAUGUGAGGAUACCCAAGGAGAACGUCCUGAUCGGAGAGGGAGCUGGCUUCAAAAUUGCCAUGGGGGCCUUCGACAACACAAGACCACCGGUGGCUGCAGGGGCAACAGGAUUGGCCCAGAGAGCCCUGGAUGAAGCAACCAACUACGCCCUGGAGAGAAAAACCUUUGGCAAAGUUAUCGCUGAGCACCAGGCCAUCUCCUUCCUUCUGGCAGAGAUGGCUAUGAAGGUGGAGCUGGCCAGGAUGGCCUAUCAGAGAUCAGCCUGGGAGGUGGACCAGGGCCGCAGGAACACAUACUUCGCCUCCAUCGCCAAGGCCUUUGCUGGAGACAUAGCCAAUCAGGUGGCUUCUGAUGCUGUGCAGGUCUUUGGAGGCAAUGGUUUCAACAGUGACUAUCCAGUAGAGAAGCUGAUGAGGGAUGCUAAGAUCUACCAGAUUUACGAGGGAACAGCUCAAAUCCAAAGACUCAUCAUUUCCCGAGAACAUCUUGGAAAAUACAUGAAAUAAACUCUUCACAUCUGACUUGUACUCUGUCAGAACCUUUUAAUCUCUGUGAUGGUGCCUCUAACUUGCUGAAUUUAGUUUUCCUCUGAGAUGACAUGUAAUCUUCUUUAAAUGAAUGAUUAUAUAAUGAAAGUGACAUGACCCACGUUCAUCUUGAAAUUGUAAAUACCUUAAGUUUUGUGUUUAGUGCUAACACGUUUUGUACUGCAUUUGGUUGGGCAAUAAAAUAAUCAUUUAUGGUACUUA